AUGAUGAAACAAAUCAAGCAUCGCGCAGUGAUAAAAUUCCUCACAAAACAAGGAAAAACUCAAAAAAUUAUUCAUGAAGAAAUGCUGGCUGUUUACCAAGAUUCUGCGCCUUCAUUAUUUACAAUUCAGAAGUGGUCAAGUGAAUUCAAACGGGGUAGAGAGAGCAUUGGAGACGACCCCCGCGCUGUAGGGCCAAUUUGUGUCGCUACUGAAGAAAACGUCAAAUUAGUCGAAAAACUUGUACUUGAAGAUGCCCGUGUAAGAGUGAAAACAUUAGCAGAAAUGACUAAGCUAUCCGUGGGUACCAUUCACACAAUCCUUCAUGAGCACCGGAAUUUGUCAACAGUCAGUGCAAGAUGGGUGCCGCGAAUGCUCACCGCGCUACAGAAACAAGUGCGAGUUGACUGUUGUAAGGAGUUUUGGACCUCUGUGGUGAAAAUCCGCAAGGUGUUGCUGCUUCACGACAACGCGCCGGUUCACAAGGCGCGCCUUGCCCAGGCUGCUGUGCAAGGUCAACAUUUAGACAGUUAA